AAGAGGAGAUGGUUUGUGCUUCGCAGCGGCCGUUUAACGGGGGAUCCGGAUGUAUUGGAAUACUACAAAAAUGACCAUGCCAAGAAGCCUAUCCGUAUUAUUGACUUAAAUUUGUGUCAACAAGUGGAUGCUGGAUUAACGUUCAACAAAAAAGAGUUUGAAAACAGUUAUAUUUUUGAUAUCAACACGAUAGACAGAGUUUUCUAUUUGGUAGCAGACAGCGAGGAGGAGAUGAAUAAGUGGGUUCGAUGUAUCUGUGAUAUCUGUGGGUUCAACCCUACAGAUGAGGAUGCUGUGAAGCCACCAGUCAGUUCUUUACAACCAUCUGCUGAGUUACCCUUGCCCAUCAACACUUCACCGCCUUCCAUGCAAGCAGAAUCUUCCCUACCUCCUCCAUAUCAGCUUAUUAACAUCCCCCCACUGGAGUCAUCCUCUGGUCAAGAAGAUCCUCAAGACUACCUACUGCUAAUAAACUGUCAAAGUAAAAAACCCGAACCUAUGAGAUCUCAUGCUGACUCAGCAAAAUCCAGCUCUUCUGAAACAGACUGCAAUGAUAACGUGCCCUCCCACAAAAAUCCUGCUCCAUCAGCGAGCAAGCAUGCUGUGAAUGGCUUUUUUCAGCAGCAAGGUGUCUAUGACUCCCCGCCUUCUCGUACUGCACUGACACUGGCAGAGUGCAGCCUUUAUAACCUGCCUAGGAGUUACUCACAGGAUGUUUUACCGAAGGCAGCGUCUCCAUCUGGGACUGAUGCAGAAGGAGAGCAACAUGUUUUCAAUACCCCAUCAGCAACAUCAUCAUUAGACGCACAGAUGAGACACAUCUCCAUUAGCUAUGACAUUCCCCCCACACCUGGAGGUACUUACCAGAUUCCACGAACUUUUCCAGAGGGAACGUUGUCUCAGACUUCAAAACUGGAGACUAUUCCAGAUAUUCCUCCACCUCGGCCACCAAAACCUCACCACGCUGCAGAUCGAUCUCCUGUGGAAACAUGUAGCAUUAGUCGCACUGCUUCAGACACUGAUAGUAGUUAUUGAAUGCCGCCCUCGCGCAGUAAUACCAUUUCAACUGUAGAUUUGAAUAUCUUUCGUAAAGAAAUUAGUUCUCAAGACUGUUAUGAUAUUCCACGAACGUUUCCGAAUGACAGAUCUAAUUCAUUGGAGGGCUUCCAUAACCACUUUAAAAACAGAAGCAUGUUGACAGUGGGAAGUGUUUCAAGUGAAGAACUAGAUGAAAAUUAUGUCCCAAUGAAUCCCAACUCUCCUCCACGACAGCAUUCCAGCAGCUUCACUGAACCCAUCCAGGAAACAAACUAUGUACCAAUGACACCAGGCACGUUUGAUUUUCCGUUAUUUGGAAAGCAAGUCCCUCCUCCUGCUCACAUGGGUUUCAGGUCCAGUCCAAAGACCCCUCCCAGACGGUCAGUACCUGUUGCAGAAUGUGAACCACCGCCAGUGGAUCGGAAUCUCAAGCCAGACAGAAAAG